GUUGCUCUCUCUGCUCAAUGUAGUCAGGUUGGGUGGUAAGAGGGGAAUGUAUAGCAGAGACGAUGGGUCUUACAGAGUGUGGGAGAUGAGAGUGUGAGAGUUUUUUAGGAACAAGAGUGCGGAGCACAAGUGUGUGUGUGUGUGUGAAUAUCCGUGGGGGUGAGCUUCUCUUGUGUCACAUUCCAGCUUCCAGGGCUCGAUCCCUGCCUGUUGAGAGACGGACCUGGAAAACUGUGAUUGGAAGCUGGAAAGUCUUUUAAAACUAUCCCUAUAUCUCUUUGUGACUUCAUAUUGUUGCUGUAGGAGUGACUCCCCCUCUGCUGCUGUUGUUUUUGGGUCUCUGGGCUUUGGAUAGUGGUCUCACUGGAGCCGCCCUGAUGCUCUUUCGGAUUACUACGGCAGAGGAGAGGAGGGGAGAGAACAUGGAACUUCAAGCGUGUUUCGUUGGAAGGGAUUUAUAAUCUGGAUCAUGGAUAUGUAGUGACAGAGAAGACUGCUGUCCUGUUCUCAGCUGAGGGGACCAGUGCAUAUUUCAUAGAAGACAGAAGAGAGAACCCAGUACAGACUUUAUGGAAGGGGGUAGCCAGAAAUUGUUUCCAUAAAACCAUACAGAAUUAAAGACCACAGUCAGCCAAGUCUGACUUAUACACAGAAGAUAUGAGCCUUGGCCUCUCUCAUGCCAGAGAGAGACAGUUAGUGACAUCAUCAUGAAUGCCCCGCCCACAGGAAGCCCCAGCCAAAAUAUGGAGGUGAAGGUGGUCUCCCAGGAGAUGGCUUUGUUUAGCAACGCCCUGGCAGCCUACACCUUCAUAGCAGACCAGCCUGAACGAGUAACUCUGGUGUUUGUUAGUGGUGUGUGUGUGGGUCUCCUCCUCACCCUCUGUGCCCUAGUGGUCCAGAUACACUGUCGCACUGACUGUCACUACAGUAACCGACGACGACAUCACCAUCAGCAUAGCAACAGGCAUCACCACCAUCACCAUGGGGACCAUCCCUGUCACCACCAUCCCCAACCUGGCAACCCUAACACAAGCAAUCCCGGCGUAACCACAGAGACGAGCAGAGACAGCGAAUCAGUGGACUGGGACGACGGGACUUCUGACCUAUCGGCUCGACGACGGAGGCGAUUUGAGAGAACGCUACUGCACACGAGCAUGUUCACAUCCAUAGAAGAGUUGGAGCGAGCUCAGAGGGUUGAGGAGAGAGAGAGGAUCAUACAAGAGAUCUGGAUGAACGGACAUCCCGACGUCAACACUGUCACACGCAGCCUCAACCGAUACUACUGACGGGGACAGAGAAAACAGAGGAGAAAGAGAUGGAUAGACAGACAAACGGACAAAGAGGAAGGAUAAUAUACACUUUUAGACAGGGUCGCAUCAAGAGGGUCAUGAAGCACAGGUGUGGACAGGACUGUUAGCCAGAGUGAGUGGGUACAAUGACACUGGGCCACAGGACCAUGGGUGUGUCUGAGAACACCAGACUGAUGUCACGACAGGUUAUGAACCCGGGUCCCCCAUUGGAGAAACCAACGUCUUGACCAUUAGACCAAGAGGAAAGGACCAAGAGCAACCAUGAACCUGACUCCACCACACUUAACCCACAGCUUUUAGAUCUGUGAUGAGGAGAAUGCCUCCCGAUUGUGGCCCAGGAUGGUUCCUCCGGGGUCAGACCCCUUUCAAAUACUGAGGUGGAUGAUGUCACCCCCUAGUGGACACCAUCCCCAUCACCGUUGACAAAGGCCCACAAUUCACCUCUGUGGAAAACUCUGAUUUCCUAGCCGAACGUACCGCACUACGUUUUACCUGACUGGCACGGUCAUACACAGCACGGUCAUACACAGCACGGUCAUACACAGCACGGUCAUACACAGCACGGUUCACUGCCAGGACAAGGACCACAGAGAAAACCUGUUAACUAAAACAUUUCAUGUGUGCCUUCACUCAAUCUUAAUGUGUAUUUAA